ACAAAACUCAGCAUCUUGUCUCAGUUUAUAUUUAAAAGUUAAUUGACACAGUUAGGUCUAAGAACUAAGCUUUACCGGAAUGACUGAAAUAAAGUAAUUAUUUGUUUCUAUUGAUAGUGUCUUCUUUUUGUUUAACUGUAAAAAUAUUCACCAAAUGCCUCUUGUUUGAGUUGGAGGAAAAAUUGCAGAAAGUAAAAGUUGUGUGUUUCAAUACUUUUACUUUGAUCUCAACUUGUUUUACAACAACAGCCAACAACUUUAACAACAACAUUAUUCAACGUUACAACAAAGUGUAUAAAGACUGGAAUAAUUAUGAUGUUUAAGUGAACCUUAAGAGUAAAAGAAAAGACAAAAAAUUAUAUUUCAACAAAUUUUUCUUACCUUCAUAUUUGUUUGUUUUUUUUCCAUGAAAAUUAGUUUCUACAACCUGAUGUGAUAACAAUGCGUUAUACUUCGGGAUUAUUUGUGACAUUAUUUGUUUACCUUUUAACCACACAAUCAAGUGUAAAUGGUUACCCAAAUAAAAAAACCUCUUUACCUGAAACUGAUACAUUAUCUGAUGGCAGUCAAAGAGAAGAGCUUGCCAAAAAUCUUCCGAAGAUGAAAAGUACCCCUUCCACUAAAGCUGCGAAUGAAGGUGAUACUGUAACAUUCCCAUGUGAAGUUGAAGAUCUGGGUAGUUUAAGUGUGGCCUGGAAUAAGAGAAAGGCUUCAAAGUCGGCUUCAAUUUUCUUAGGAGCUUUUCGUUUAUUAAAUGACGACAGGAUUUACCUUGAGAAAAACAAUUUAGUGAUCAAAAAUGUUAACGAAAGCGAUUCAGGAACUUACACCUGUAAAGUAUCUACCGAUAAAGAUAUUUCAGUGGAACACAUUCUCUUAGUCCAUAGUGUACCCACCAUUAAAGUUGAACCUGCCGAUAAAGUGGUCGUUCUUACCAAAGGACAAACCUUACGAUUAAAAUGCAAAUCUAGUGCCGAGCAAAAGCCAGAUAUUAAAUGGGAAAAGGAUAACAAUAAGUUAACAACCGCCUCUAACAAUCAAGAUACAUUGGAAAUACCAAAUGUAUCUCGUGGUGAUGCCGGUAAAUACAAGUGUGUAGCCUACUCCUUUUAUGGAAGUGUUAGCCAAGCAGAAUUUGAUGUUGCAGUUGAAGAGGGCCCGGAAAUUGAAUUACCUGAACCAAAUGUGUAUACCGGUAUUGGACAACAAGUAAAGCUUCGAUGUAAAGUCCAUGGAACACCAAAGCCAAGCGUUACUUGGGAAAACUCUAAAAAUGGCCGAUUACCGGGUGAAUUUGAUACACAAGAAUAUUUUGCUCUCGUAAAUAUACGAGAAGAAUCUGAUUUUGGUAAAUACCGGUGUUCAGCUUCCAAUCGAUUUGACAAGGCAGUCGGUGAAAUUGAAGUCUCUGGUCGUCCCUCCAAACCAAUAAUCUUGAACUCGGAUGAUGAUUUUCCAUCUUCAGGAGAGGAAUUUGAAUUGAAAUAUCAAGUUACAUCCUAUUCGCCAAUAACUAAAAUUAUAGUCAGUUAUCGUUAUUCAAAGAACUUGGACAAAUUUUCCGACUGGAAUACAACAGAGGUUAAUGCCGGCGACUCUAUUGGUCCAACUUAUAAUUUAAAGCAUGUACUGUCAAAUAUGGAGCGAAAUACCUAUGAAGUUAAGGUUUAUGCUGAAAACAAAUAUGGUCGUAGUGAAGGUAGCGAUAUACAUUCAAUUACAACGGAUGGUGAAAAAGAACAUUGGAAAGCUGCAGGAUCAAAUUCCUAUGGAACAAAAUCAAGUAUUUCCUUGAUAACUUGUAUGGUGAUAUUAAUCACAUUCUGCCUUUCAAGUUAAUGUUUUUUUUUCAUUCAUUAAAAUUAUCAUCACUUAUAAAAUUCA